CCGGCAACGACGUCCGCUACGCGGCCGAGACUGCAGAGGAGCAGGCCCGCCAGGCCAACAUCGCCACCCGCGAGCUCGAGAACCCCCUGGCGGCCUCCCAUAUGGGCCUCAUCUACGUAAACCCCCAAGGCCCCAACGGGGAGCCGGACCCGCAGGCGGCCGCCCGCGACAUUCGCAUCACCUUCGGCCGCAUGGCCAUGAACGAUGAGGAGACGGUCGCCCUCAUCGCCGGUGGCCACACCUUCGGGAAGACCCACGGUGCUGGUCCCGGCGACCAGGUCGGGCCCGAGCCGGCCGCCGCGGGCAUCGAAUCACAGGGGCUGGGCUGGGCCAACGGGUACCGGUCUGGCCGGGGCGCCGACGCCAUCACCAGCGGGCUCGAAGUCACCUGGACGUCAACGCCUACCCGCUGGGGGAUGGGCUUCCUCGACUACCUCUUCCGCUUCGAGUGGGAGCUGACCAAGAGCCCCGCAGGCGCCAACCAGUGGACGGCCAAGGACGCGGGCGACAUCGUUCCCGACGCCUUCGACCCGAACAAGAAGCAGAAGCCGCGUAUGCUGACCACUGAUCUGGCCCUGCGCGCCGACCCAGCCUACGAGAAGAUCGCGCGGGGCUUCCUCGCCAAUCCCGAUCGGUUCGCCGAUGCCUUUGGCCGUGCCUGGUUCAAGCUGCUGCACCGCGACAUGGGACCUCGGUCGCGCUGGCUGGGUCCCGAGGUGCCCUCGGAGACGGUCCUGUGGGAGGACCCCAUCCCGGCCCCGAGCCACCCGCCGAUUGACAGCGAGGACAUUGCCGCGCUGAAACGUGAGAUCCUGGCUACGGGCAUCGACCCGGCGGACUUCAUUCGCACGGCGUGGGCGUCCGCGUCGACCUUCCGCGGCGGCGACAAGCGCGGUGGAGCCAACGGAGCGCGCAUCCGGCUGGCGCCUCAGAACGGGUGGGAGGUCAACCGGCCGGACGCGCUGCGGGCGGUGCUCGCGGCGCUGGAGGGGGUGCAGGCGCGCUUCCACGCGGCCCAAACGGGCAACAAGCGGGUGUCGCUGGCGGAUCUGAUCGUACUGGCCGGCUGCGCGGCGGUAGAGCGGGCGGCCGGUACCCCGGUGCCCUUCACGCCGGGGCGGAUGGACGCGCAGCCGGAGCAGACGGACGCCGAGUCGUUUGAGUGGCUGCGGCCGGCGGCGGAUGGGUUCCGCAAUUACGGCGCCUCCAACUUGCGUGUGCACACCGAACAGGCGCUCGUCGACAAGGCGCACUUGCUAACGCUGUCGGCGCCGGAGAUGACGGCGCUGGUGGGCGGGCUGCGGGCCUUGAACGCCAACUGGGACGGGUCGGCGCAAGGUGUGCUCACCCAACGCCCUGGAACCCUGACCAACGACUUCUUUGUCAAUCUGCUGGACAUGGGCACCUUGUGGAAGCCCGUCGACGGAGACCGGUUCGAGGGUGUCGACCGGCAGACGGGGGCGCCGCGCUGGACCGCCAGCCGCGUCGACCUUGUGUUCGGGUCGCAGCCAGAGCUGCGCGCGUUGGCAGAGUUGUACGGCAGCUCAGACGGUCAGACGCUGCUGGUGCGCGACUUUGUGGCUGCGUGGGAUAAGGUGAUGAAUCUGGAUCGGUUUGACGUGGCGGUGUCGCCGGCGGCGGGACGGCCUCGACUGUGAUUAUGACAUGAAUUGCGGAUUGAUAUGAUAAGUCUAGUAUUGAAUUAAGUUUGUUCUUCUGCAA